AUGGCCCAGCAGCUGCUGCAGGCGGCACGGACGGCGGCGGUGUGCAUGCAGGCGGAGCUGCAGGGCGCCGUGACGGUCGGCGACCGCUGCGCCAUUCACCCUGGCGCGUCUGUGCGGGCGGAGGGCGGUCCCAUUGUGCUGGGCGAGCGCUGCUUCGUGGAGGACGGCGCCGUGUUGGUCAAUGACGCGCCCGACGAGAUGCGCAUCGGGCGCGACAACUUGUUCGAGAGCGGCUGUGUGCUGCGCAGUGCGCGCGUGGGCGACGGCAACUGGUUCGAGCCCAAGGCGGAGGCGCGAGAGGGCUCCGUGAUCGGCAGCAACUGCCUCAUCGGCAGCGGCGUCGUGGUGGCCGCGGGCGAGCACGUGCCGGACAACUCCAUCCUCGUGGCCGUGCAGACUCCGCAGGGCGACACGCACCGCGUGGUACGGCAGCAAAAGGACUACCUUAUCAAGACCCACGCCGCGCUCAUCCAGAAGUACGCGGACAUUUUCCCCAGAGGCUCCAAGAGCCCCUACGCACUCGAGAAGCAUCACGAACUGCGGCAAUGA